CCCAGGGCUUAGGCGGCGCUGCAGGGCCCCGCAGGCCGCUCGACACCCGGACGGCCGCCGACGGACAGGGGAGCGCCGGUCUCCCUCCUCACUCGGCCGGGGCGAGAAGCCAGGGGAGAGGCGGGCGCGGAGGCGAGGGCUGGGCUGGGCCGGGCCGGGCGGCCCUGAGCGAGGUGGCGGGCCGGGGGGCGCGCGAGCCGCAUGUGUGGAUGGAGCCGGGCUCGGCGGGGCUGCUGCAGCGGCGGGGUCCGGGGCUCGGGGGUCCGGGCUCGGCCGGGGGCUCCCCGGGGCUGUCGGGCCCCCAGGGCCGCCGGAGGAAGCAGCCGCCGCGGCCGGCCGACUUCAAGCUGCAGGUGAUCCUCAUCGGCUCGCGGGGCGUGGGCAAGACCAGCCUCAUGGAGCGCUUCACCGACGACACUUUCUGCGAGGCCUGCAAGUCCACCGUAGGUGUUGAUUUUAAAAUCAAAACAGUAGAGCUAAGAGGAAAGAAAAUUAGAUUACAGAUUUGGGACACAGCAGGUCAGGAAAGAUUCAACAGCAUUACCUCAGCUUAUUACAGAAGUGCCAAGGGAAUUAUCUUGGUGUACGAUAUCACAAAGAAGGAGACGUUUGAUGAUUUGCCGAAGUGGAUGAAAAUGAUUGAUAAGUAUGCUUCGGAAGAUGCAGAGCUGCUACUGGUGGGGAAUAAGUUGGAUUGUGAAGUGGACAGAGAGAUCAGUCGGCAACAGGGAGAAAAAGUAAGUUUUGCACAGCAAAUAACUGGGAUGCGAUUUUGUGAAGCCAGUGCCAAGGACAAUUUUAAUGUGGACGAAAUAUUUCUGAAAUUGGUCGAUGACAUCCUGAAGAAGAUGCCUUUGGAUGUUAUACGGAACGAAUUGUCUAACAGUAUCCUGUCCCUACAACCGGAACCCGAAAUCCCGCCAGAACUGCCUCCUCCAAGACCUCACGUCCGUUGUUGCUAACUUGCCGCAUCCUCCGAAGUGGAAGUGCAAAAAGGGGAGGGGGAGCUCCGCACUACAAUCAUCGGGCAAUUCCUUGUUGCACUUUGAUCCAGAAUCAGAACUACACUAAUUUUGUAAAUAUGCAAAUAUAUGCAAACCUGGGCAGGAUUCAGCUGUGAGUGGUUAAAUACGGCUCUUUCCAACAAGUGGGUUUUUUUUUUUUCCACUCCUCUUUCCCAGUGCUAUAAAUAUUGUACAUUUGGCUGGGAAAUGCAGCACUCCCAAACCUAGGAUGUAAGAAAUAAAAUGCGUACUUAUUCUGAACAUAAAUGUUGUAAUAGUCCUUGAUAUCAACAGAAUGUCUUCUAGUAUAUGGUGCUUUGCUAACUUUUUUAAAAAAAGGGUUUUAAAAAAAAAUUAGACAUACAUUUAUACAGCUUUCUUAAGCAGCAUUAUUUCCCUUUCUUCUGUUGAGAAACAGUUAUUACUGUUGCAUCUGGAAAUGGUUGAGAGUCAAAUUCACCAAGUUCUGGUGUUGAACAACCUCCAUUCCGUGGUGCUUCCCAUGUGUGGUUCUGUCCACACCUCGCUGAAAUGGCCAGGGUUUGUGUGGCAGCAGAAUUUGCUGGAGUGAGCUUCUGAAUCUACAGAUGAGGAGUUUUAUGAAUUUCUCUCUUAUUUAUUAUGUAUUUCUAAUUUAAUUUUCUUUCUGUACUAAGGCACUGCUUCCAGUGUGAUUUUUAAUGGAUGAAUUGGCAAUUCUCCCAAUUGGUAUCCUUCUUAAGCAUAAAUUAUCUCAUAAUUAGACUCGUUAAAAAGAAAAGAAAGAUAUUUGAAAGCUAUACAAGACAUUGCUGUUGUCCUAGUCGCUAUUUUCAUUUUUAGGAUAUGACUUUUCCUUGUAAUGAGGAAUAUAUAUAUAUAUGUGUGUAUCUGUCAAUACUAAUAGGGGAGAGGAGUUUGUUAAAAUACACUUUUUCCCAUUGCAUUUAUUUCCAUCUAAUAUCCUGUGCUAAACCCUCUUCUUUUUGUCUGAAUGAACUUGUGAACAGGUUUUUUUUGGUAUAUCUUUUAUUAAAACUGCACUGUAUAGUUUAGCUGUGGUAAGCCAGUAGUUACGGAUUUGAAUAACUUGACGUCAUCAGUGUUGUGGUAUUAAAAAGCACUGUUGUUCCAAACUAAUGAUGUUCCAAUAAAAUUUUGUAUUUAUGAGUGACAAUGGAGCUGCAUCGCAUUAGAAUGUCAAACAUCAAAUGUUGGCCAAAAAGGUAAAUUCUAGUCUGGGAAGUCAAAAGGUUUUGAAUUAGCUUUCUAGUUUGUAAAAGGAAGAUAGGCUGUUGCAAAGCUAUGAACAACUCAGAGAUUAUAAAAUAGAUCUACUGGCUUUGAAAUCCUAAAUUGCUACUUUAUUUCCCAGUGCCUGAGUCUCUGUUCCAUGUGCAAAGACAUUUUUUUUCUUAGCAGCAUGUUCUACUUCCCUAGAACUUAUCCUCAGGUUCCUGGGAAGAAUUAAGAAUGUUAAAUAAUUGUUUGCAGUUUAAGUAAAUGAAAGUUCCUACUGAUCUUGGUACUGAUCUGAGCAGGAAUACUGCUUUGGGUCAUUCAGUUUUAACUAACAAAAGAUGCACAAUUCAAAUUUAUCCCUAUUUUCACUACCACAAUGUGCCUAUACAAGUGUUGUUCUUCACACAGAUAUUGUGUGGCUUACUUUAGUAUGGACUAGACAAAGUUUGCCAUUUUUGUAGCACUUGUAGUAAAACUGCAGGCAAUAACAGAUAAAAGGAACUUGUGAAUGGUAAAUUUAAACUUGACAAACAUUUAGGUGACUUUCUGUAUUUAAAAACUUGUGUUUUUUGCCUUCUGUUCUUGAAUAAAAAUGUAAGAAAACUUGGCCUAAAUAAAUGUUAUAUCUUACAAGGAA